CCAUGGCUUGCUGUGUCCCCCGCUGCUGCAGCGUCCCCACCGGCCCCGCCACCACCAUCUGUUCCUCUGACAAAUCCUGCCGCUGCGGAGUCUGCCUGCCCAGCACCUGCCCACACACCAUCUGGCAACUGGAGCCAACCUGCUGUGACAACUGCCCCCCACCCUGCCACAUCCCUCAGCCCUGUGUGCCCAGCUGCUUCCUGCUCGGCUCCAGCCUGCCCACCCCAAACAUGGAGACCCUCAACCUCACCACCUACACUCAGCCCUGCUGUGACCCCUGCCUCCCCCGCUGCUGCUGAGCCAUGACUCCCUG